UACCUUACUAACCAUAUCGACUUCAUCUGAACUUAAAGUAAAGUUCAGAAGGGACACAAGCCUUGUUCUUAGCUGUAAUUACUCAAUAGAACACGGAGAACGUAUAUCGGAUAGAGAGAUAAUAUGGAAAAAAAAAGUAGGAAAUAGUUUUGAAGAUGUUGCUGUGUUUUCUCCUCCUGGUGGACAAGAACCAUAUAUUUAUCAUAAAAUGGCUACUGCUCUUGAAAAUAGAACAAAACUUGUCACAUCAAAUACUAGUGUAUCCUCCAGUGCCACGAUGAUAAAACGUGAUCUUGUCUGCAGUGAUGAAGGAUUGUACCAAUGUUGGAUAGAGUAUUUUGUCGAUGUCGAGCAUAGAGACAAGCACAAGAAAAGUUUAUCUUUAGUUACUUUUGAGGCUGAAGCUACAAAACCAGUAGAGUUUGUUUUAAAACCACAGGACCCGUUGGAGGAGAAUCAGUUCAUACAUCUUAUUUGUGCCGCUGAUGUUGAAAAUCCGGCGGGAAAUAUCAAGAUCUGGAAAGUCCCGGAGAUAACAAAUAAUCAUGAAAUCGAGCUCACUUCAAAUUUACUGAAAAAUAAGACAAAGAAUUGUACCACUUUUCUAAAUGUAAGCACAGAGUACAAAGUGUCCAGAAAGGACAACGGAAUAAAAUUCCUUUGUUCCUCACAAAAUAAUCUUACCCAGGACCCAGGACCAGGAAGAUACUCACAGAGAAUCUCGGUGUUUUAUGGACCGGUGAUGGCAAAAAUUACACUUUUGCCAUUCAAAGAAAUGUACUUCGCCGGUGAUUAUUUAAAACUGGAUUGUUUUUCUGAUAGUAAUCCGCCCCCAAUAUACAGCUGGACAUUUCAAUCUACCAACAAUAGUGAAGAUACAAAAUAUAAUAUCAGCAACAGGUCUUCAGUGACGCUGAAAAACCUGCAGACCAACAAUUCUGGAAAUUAUGUUUGCUCUGCUUUCAAUACGUUCAAUGGGAAGAACUUUUACGUUACAUCUAUGGUAUUUAUAUCUGUCGGAAAUCAACCUAAACAAGAAAUCCAGGAAUACAAAAACCACAGAUACACUGAUGCGUGUCUCCAACCCUUGCCAAAUCGAGCCAAGAAAAUAGUUGGACAUACUGGCUGA